AUGGAGGCGGGCGCGGGGCCGCCGCGGGCGCAGGGCGGCCAGCGGCGCGGCCUCUCCGGCGGCGGCUCUUCGCCUGCCGCUCCGCUCUCGGGUGGCGGCAGGCCGAGGAGUGCGGCGGCGGGGGGCUCGGCCGGAGGCGGCGGCAGUCGUGCUCUGCACUUUUCUUCAAGCAGUGAUGAUGAAUUUGAAAUGUUUUUAGCUAGAAUGAAAACUCCAAAAUCCCUGACACGUCAAGUUUCUAAAAAGGAGAAUGAGAGUUUGAAGGACUUCAUCGAUGACUCAAUGGAUGAUUUCUUCUUGGACUUUAAAAAGAGAAACAGCACAACUAAGAAUGCACGGAAGGAUCUUCGGAUCCCAAAGAAGUCAGUGAGUUCUGGAAAAGAAAACGUUUGCUCCCAAGAAUUGCUGAAUCUAGAUGCUUUAAGUGACGGUGAAGAUUCUGUUUUUGUAGAAAGUUCACAGCAUGACUGCCAAAAGGGCUUGAAGGAGAGUCUGAAGUGCAUAAAGCUCCCUCAUCCUCAAAAUCAGAAAGAAUUGAUUUCCAGACAUAGUCCAAACUUGCUUGUUGGAGGCAAAGAAAGAAACUGUGAGAAGGAGAAUACAGAGGAUAAAAUGCCAGCCUUAGCACUCCGACGAAGUACAGAGUUAGAAUCGGAUAGCUCAGAUAGUGAAUUUGAAUCUUUAAUAGAACGCAUAAGGAAACAAAGUCUGCACCGAAAACCUAUCUUAAGUACAAGUAAAACUGUCAACCAGCCAAGCACAACAGAAAACCUCAAGUCACCUUGUGAAGGUGCUCAGACCUCAAAAAGUGAGGGAGACAAGAGGCCAAAGUCACAUUCCACUUUGAGUAAAGAAACACCUUCCAGGAUAAUGUCUUCUGUUAGAAUUCCCAGAAGUGAAUCAGUCAGUUACUCACCAUCAGCACAGACAAAGGAAAAGCAUAACUUGUGCUCAGUGCCUGACUGUUUCUUGCAAGAUCUCUCAAACCCAGCAUCCCAGCAUGUGAAGUCUUUCAAAAAAAAUAAAGAGGACCUGGCACAGAAGCUUUACCAUCUCUAUAAUAGCACCAUCUUUGAGAAGAAGUUGCCAGAGAAAAUGGAAAUAAUCUGGAAUAAGAAAAUGAGAAAAACAGCUGGAUAUUGUGUAACUGGGCAGACAAAAAGUCCUGAAGCGCAGCGUUACGCUCGAAUAGAACUCUCUGAGAAGGUCUGCGACUCUGCAGACCGUCUUCGAGACACCCUAAUUCAUGAGGUUUGCCAUGCAGCCACCUGGCUGAUCAAUGGUGUUCGAGAUGGACAUGGACGAUUCUGGAGAUUAUAUGCUAGGAAAUCAGCUGUGAUUCAUCCAGAACUGCCUAUGGUGACACGAUGCCAUAGCUAUGAGAUUAAGUACAAAUACACCUAUGAGUGUGUUUUGUGCAAAACCACGAUUGGACGUCAUUCCAAGUCACUGGACACAGAGCGCUUUGUGUGUGCAUGCUGCGGGGGGCAGCUAGUCCUGAGCCAGCCAACUCAGAAAGACGGCACUCCUGCUAGGACGCGUCUAACGCCCUUCGCAAAGUAUGUGAAAGAAAACUAUGGAUCUACUAAAAAGGAGCAGCGUGGACUGAGCCACGUGGAAGUUAUGAGGAAACUCAGUGCUGAGUUUGCUUUGAAAACUAGGCUUCAAGACUCCUUGUAAAAUCUCGGUGCUUAUACUUUCCUGAGGCUACUUAAUUUUGUGCAUAUCAGUAAAGUAGAGCAGUCUAACGUGGAAUAUAUAGAAAAUACUUUGGAAGAUUCCAGACAAAUUUAAUAGCUUAGUAAUCUAAGAUCCCGAGGCCUUUUCUGAAGGAGGUGACAGUGGGCAAGAAGAAAUGAUGAUAGGGAAUCAGUGGCAACAGUACUCUUGUUUGUAGUUGAAUGGUUUGUGUAUCCUCCUUAAACUUCAGAUAAAGAGCUAUUGUGCCUGGGAGGAUACGGUUCUAGGCCCUUCAUGGGACAGAGUUGCUAUAUUUGUCUGGAAUUCUCUGAACAAUGUUUAUGCAUAGUGUUUCAUAGCAUGUGUUCAGUGACUCUACUGAGCAGUAGUUUUACUGUGUAAGUCACUUGGGUAGCUGCUGUCUCAGUUGCGGGGGUAUACCCUAAACUCCGCAUACAUGCUAUAGAACGGCUACGUGUAUAUCUGGGAUUGCCACACACAAGAAAGCUCAGGCACAUGAGCCAAGUCCUCUGGUUUUGCCUGGAUGAUUUUUAGCCAGAAAGAGGGCAAAUCUGAGAUAGAGCUGAGCAUGGGUUUCUUCUAAGGAGAAUUUCUUGAAUGUUUUCCUUAAAAGCCUAAGCUUAGGAAAAAUGGAGCCUCAAGUUUGUUAGAGAAAGUGUGAGCUUUCUCCAAAGCCCUCUGGCCCUGAGUGAGAUCAAAGUUCUCUCUUUCUGGUUUGAUGGCAAUUUUUCCUCAAUAACUGAGAUUUCUUAGAAACUAAACUAGAUACAGAAGGACAGUUGGAGGGUGGGGGAGGAAGGGUAGCAAUUUUCGCACAAUUGAAUGAGAAGGCUAGGCAGCUGACUUAAAUCUUUCCUGUAGAACUUGACUGAAUGUGAGUUAGAGUUGCAGUGUUUGUCUGCUGUGAACAAAUUGCUCGGGUGAUUAGCAAAUUUUGCAUCAUGAAUACAUGUCUUUUUAUACCAACUGUGACAAUGAA